AUGCUAAACAACAAUGGUUUUAACGGAGGGGUGAAUCAGAUGAAUGAAUACCAAGGGGGCAUGAACUUCCAGGGAAAUGGCCCCUUUCCUGGGGGAGGCGCCCAAUUUCAAGCCACCGGCAACAAUGAGCAACGGCAGCAUAACUAUGGGGAGCUCCAAAAUUGUAACAACGAUUUUUAUGGCGUGCAAAAAGUAAACGCGGUUAGUAACCAGCAAGGCUUCCCCAACAGGAACAUGGUGUAUACAAAUGACUCAUUCGGAAAGCCCCUCCCCCCGAUGGAGCAGAUUUCCAAUUAUUACCACGCUAGAGGUGCAAUGAGUGGAAAUCCCAUGGGUGGCAUCCCUAUGUCUCCUGCCGACGGGGGAUUCACCAUGUACCAGAACAAAAACAAUAGCAUCCCCUUUUUUGGUAAGGAGCAAAAUGGACCCAACUACAACGACCAAGCUUUAUUCUCCCAAGUUAAGCAAAACGUAUCUAUAUUUGGAAAUAAGACGAAAAACAAUACCCCCCUUUUUGGCAACAAUAUGAAAAGCGCAACGAAGGUUGAUCUCCCCACUGUUAGUAUAUAUGACUUUGCGAGUCAAGAUAAGUCCAUUUUUGGAAAUAGGUUAAAGGAGGGAAAGCCCCUCUUUGCAGGUGGGAGGAAUACAAACCAAUCGAUGGAAGCUCCUCCAAAUCAGCAGCACAGUAAUAGCUACUUACUCCAUAACAGCAAUGUGCAUAGUAUGGCAGGACACGGAGGUGAUAAAAACUACAUGAAUUAUAAUUACGACGCGAAGGGACAGGCCAUGUUCGGUAUGAAUCCAUCAAACAAUAUGAUGCCCCCCAACUGGGGAGGCGGCAACAUCAGCGGCAUGAACCAUCCGGGGAACCAUCCGGGGAAUCAGCUCAUUGGGAAUGCAUACAACCAGAACAACCUCGGAGGCAACAUGCAGUCGGCCCCCCCCGUGCAGGGUGCCUAUGGGGUCGUAGGGUCCAAUGCCUUCGGCCAAAACAAUUUUAGUUACCCCCAAAAUUGUAACGCCAUGCAGCCAAAUAUGCAGAACGAGCAGUACGCGAUGUACGGGAGCGGAGGAGCAGCCGCAAUUAACCAAUAUGGUAACUACGCCUAUGGGAACCAGAUGGUAGGUGGGAACAACAUGUCGUCUUAUCCGAACCUGCUACCGAGCGGUGGGUUCGACCCCUCCUCUGGGAAUAGUAACGUGUGUGGCGCUGCUGGCGCGGGAACGCCACAAAUGCAAAUGCAAAUACAAAGUGUACAUCUUCCAAAUAAUGGCCGCAGAAUGGAGGGCCAAAUAAACACAGGAGAUGGAAACGGAUCCAUGAGCCACGCCCCCGAUUAUGGCGCCAACUCGGGGGUACCAAUGCAUAAUACUUCAACACAGAAUGCUGGAAAAGAACCAAACGGCGCAAGUGAACUCCAAGGGGAGGAAGUUCUCUUUACAAACGAAAAUGAAAUUAUGUUUGAAAAAAAUUACAUAAGGCAGUACGGUAUGGAAGGAGAUACCCAAAUGGGCAGUAUGAAAAAAAUCCUUUUUUUCAAUAAAAAUUUCGUAAAAUCCUUGGAAGGAAUAGCUAGCCAUAAUUUAAACAGUUACAACGAGAACAGGUCAACCAUUUAUACCUUCCCCUGUUCUAUGUCAUCGAAUAAUGUCGCUUUUUAUAUGCAAGCUGUGGAGGACUGCAAGAAGGAAAGCCGCUUUGAAGUAGACGCCGAUUUGUACAAUAAAAUAUUCUCCAAGCAGAAUAUGCAGCAGGCCUUCUCCGUUUUGAAAAAUUUAAAUAUGAACAAAAAAAUGGACCAACAGGAUAUCGAUUUGGACAUUUACUACCCCCUUCUUCAUGUGGAGAAGAUAAAAUUUAGGCAGCCCGUCAACCCAGAGCUUUCGCGCAAAGCUUCUGCCGCUCCCUUCCAGUUGGGAGAAAUUCCGACCGUCAUUUGA